AUGACGUGGACUUCAGGGAACGAGCAAGGAGCCACCCUACCACACGAUGGACCUCUGCAGUUCCUGGCCUUCGACACAGAGGCGUCACAUGACAUCCUGAAGGUGUGGGACGGUCCUCCUGAGAAUGAGAUGGCCCUGAGGGAGGUGUCUGGCUCUCUGCUUCCCGAGGGGAUACACAGCACCCUCAACCUGGUUACCAUCCAAUUCGAGACUGACUUCUACAUCAGCAAGUCCGGCUACGCUAUCGAAUUCUCAAGUUCGGUGGCCACCGCCUGCAGAGACCCGGGGGUCCCCAUGAACGGCAGUCGUAACGGGGACGGACGAGAGCCGGGUGACACUGUCACCUUUCUCUGUGACCCUGGGUACGAGCUCCAGGGAGAGAUGAAGAUCACAUGUAUUCAAGUGGAGAACCGCUACUACUGGCAACCCAGCCCUCCUGUCUGCAUAGCCCCCUGUGGAGGAAACUUGACUGGAUCCAACGGCUUCAUCCUGUCUCCCAACUUCCCCCACCCCUACCCCCACAGCAAGGACUGUGACUGGCUAAUAGCUGUCAACUCGGACUAUGUUCUAUCGCUGGCCUUCGUCAGUUUCAGCAUCGAGCCUAACUAUGACUUCCUGUAUAUCUACGAUGGGCCAGACAGCAACAGCCCUCUGAUUGGCAGCUUUCAGGACAGCAAGCUUCCAGAGAGGAUCGAGAGCAGCUCCAACACCAUGCACCUGGCCUUCCGCAGCGACGGUUCCGUCAGCUACACCGGUUUCCACCUGGAAUACAAAGUUCACACUACUGUUAAUUAA